AUGGGUGGAUCGAGAGGCGGCGCGAUCUUGCUGAUCCUGGCGGUCGCGUGGCUGCGGCUGGCGGUCGGGGUCAAGGACCACGUGGCGGCCUUCAACGAGACCGGUCACCCGGCACAGGUGAACGCGAUCGAGAACGAGGUGUCGUUCACCAGCGACGAAUCGCUGCACCCGCACGGGAUGCCGGGCAAGCCGACGAAAUUCGACGCGAACAUUAAUCAGAUUAUACAGACGGACGACAAGUCGCAGUAUCAGAUCGAGGCGACGCGAAUGGAGAACGCAACCGUGUCUCCGUUGGGGUCGACCGGUUGCCCGGAGGACGAGACCACCACGACGACGACGCCCUGCGUCAGUAAGGAUCUGACCGACCUGCUCGACAGGUUGUCCAGGAUCGACACGUACAACGUGACCGACUCGGUGCAGAUCAUAAGAAAUCGGGACGUCGUCGCUAGGAAAGACGAAAAAGGUAACGACCGGCCGGACUCAAGCCUACUCGAUAAAGUUCGCCGGUACGCCAGAGAACACGUGGUAAAGAUACGUCUGAGCCAGGACUUAAUACCCGGUAGAAAAGCUAGAACCUUCUUCAACGCAUUUGGCCUCAAGAAGCUGCUUCUACCUCUGAUUUUUGGUGUGCAGAUCAUUAAGAGCGUGCUACUCGCACUAUUCCUGCCAAGUAUCAUAGGAAGUAUCGGUAAUAUCGUUGGCAAAGGAGUCUCAUCGUUUGCGCAGUCGUCGCAUACUACGCCGCAGCCCGAGGAGAAUUUCGAGUUCAAGGAUAACUCCGAUCUGUACAACGACGACUACCUGACACGACAACCGGUAGGUACAUUGCCAGCCUCGGCGAUGUACGACGAGAGCAUGAUGCAGUCCCAGAAGAAUCCGGAAAUCGCCUCUAGAUAUUCCUUCGUCGAUCCUAGAAUAACACACGCAAAUGCCGUUGCUGAUCGCUAUUACACUAGGCACGUGGCUGCACAUGGGCUUUCUAAGAAGCAAGAUUUUAAGGUGUUCCACGAGAUCCCAACGAGCUCACUGCUGCUGACCAACUAUGAUCCCUUCUAUUCUCCUCUGUUGUCUCGCCUGGACGCCGUGUUUUCUCGUCUGGGCCACACGACAGAGGGCUGCAGAGAGUACGCGGUGUGCGCGAUGUACAGAAGUCCGGCUAGGUACGCACCGUACUCGAAUCUGGUGUCAGCGCAGCUGUCCAGAGAGCUGAACGAGCUGAGAAGACCCAGCAGCGACAAUCCCGACGUGCUGAGGUUCUUCCGGUACAUGAAGGCCGCCAAAGACGGGCAAGAUGGCGUGAAAUGCGAGGAAGCUUACGCGAACUGCGCUGUCGCGCAGGAAGAUCAGACUCUCAGGCAAAAUCAGGCGAUGCUGGCUACCUAUCAGGACAUCGACAAGCUGGUCCACGCGAGGAAGUUGUAA